CAGAUUAGAUUUGUCACGUGUCCUUUAUCGUCAUUGAGGAACGCCACACCACAACCUUCCACUCGCAUACAUAAAAUACGACAGGUGGGAUUGUAUUUCAUCAGCUAAAGUGUCAAGUGACUGUCUCGACAACAGUGAAGAUGGCAGCCACCUGUGUUAAUCUCCAUUGAGCAGCAAAUAUGUGAUGUCUCGUGUACCUGGUGGACGAAUUCGUUUGAAAAAUGAUAAUGGCGUCACAAGCAGUAGCAGUAGACGAGGUCGGCAGUGGUGACAGCAAAGGUCACGUGUUGCUAACAGGUGGAGCCGGUUACCUAGGAACAACAAUGAUCCCGAUCCUUCUGGAAGAUGGAUACGAAGUAACAAUCUACGAUAUCUUUAAAUGGGGCAUGCAUCCCAUUCUUAACUUCGCACAGAACCCGCGUUUUCACAUUGUGAAGGGAGAUGUUCGCAAUCGCGACCAGCUGGCCGAGGUUAUGCAUGAUAAAUUUGCUAUCAUCCAUUUGGCCGCCAUUGUAGGAUAUCCUGCCUGUGACAAAGAUCCGGAUCUGGCCAUUGAUACAAACGUCGGUGGGACGCGGAUGAUUGCUGAACUAAAGCGUCCUGACCAGAUCAUGGUGUACGCAAGUACGGGAUCGUGUUACGGGGCGGUGGAGGGUGUGUGCUCGGAGGAGACGGCUAUCAGCCCUCUCACGCUGUAUGGGGGCAGCAAGGCUGAGGGAGAAAAAAUCGUUCUAGAUGUGGGCGGGAUCGCUCUGCGGCUCGCUACAGUAUUCGGUCUUUCACCUCGACUACGUCUUGAUCUUCUUAUCAACGAUUUAACUCAUAAAGCAUUGACAUUGAAAGAAUUUGACCUCUACGAAGGAAACUUCCGCCGUACGUUUCUUCACGUGAGAGACGCUGCUCGUGCAUUCGUUUUUGCUCUUUCACAUUUCGAUGCUAUGAAAGGCCAGGCGUACAAUGUUGGUGAUGAGAAGAUGAACAUGACAAAAUCACACGUUGCACGUGUAAUACAGAACAAUGUACCCGGAUGUAAAAUAACAGAAUCCAACUCCGGCGAAGACAAGGACAAGCGAGAUUACGAAGUAUCGUACGCCAAGAUCCGUAAACUAGGUUACUAUGCCACAGUGUCCGUGGAGAAAGGUAUACAGGAUAUGCUUAAAGUGCUACCCUUCCUCGCUCCAGAGGACAUACCUCGCUGUAAAAACGUGUGAGCAGGAUAUGUUCAGAUAAAACUCCUAAUAUAUAAAGCAUUAUUUAAAAGAUGUAUAGCUUUAUCUACACGUAUACUUUAAAAAACAUCAAGUUGUCAGAUAAUGUAGUGAAGACUCCACUUGAGUUGAAUAAGCAUGGCAGCUUUCUUCCGAUAAUCUAGACAGGGCGACCUUGACCUAUAUAUUACGCUCAAACAAGUGCUCAUUGGGCUACAAAUAACUCUUUCAGAAGCCAGUCUGGUUUUGGUGACCUAUUACAGGACAAUCAACCUGGGACAACAUUGCUAAAUAUUUACUGAAAUAGAUCGUAAUCCGACAGUUGCGACAUAUUAUCAGUGAUUUGACAAUUAUUGCGUGUUUAUUUAUUCGUUAUACUGAGAACCCGGAUGGGUUUGAUUGAGGGGCCUACGAUGGGGUACACUGGAAGGCCUGUACAUCCCCUCCUACUUUUAAAUCAAUAAUCAUUAUUAACUUUUAUACACAUUUAUAUAUGUUGUGUGCAUGAGAGUUGAAUUCACAUACUGCUGAAUAACAGUUAUUGGUAAAUAUUGGAUGAAUUGAUAUUACAUUAAAGACACUCACCAAUUAAAA